UCAUUCGGCCGCGCCGCCGAGCACGCCGCCGUCGCCUUCGUCGAGUUCGACGUCCAGGUUACAAAAGAUGGCUGCCCAGUUAUCUUCCACGAUGAUUUUAUCCUCACCCAAAAAACUGAGGUUUUGUAUGAAAGGCGCGUGACCGAUCUUCUUCUGGACGAAUUCCUUUCAUAUGGGGUACAAAAAGAGCCGCACAAGGUCUCCAAGCCCCUACUUAGACGGAUGGAAGAUGGCAGAGUCCUUGCUUGGAGCACCGAAGAAGAUGAUUAUCUCUGCACAUUGCAGGAAGUCUUCGAACAUGUCAGUCCCCAUCUGGGAUUUAACAUCGAACUAAAGUUUGAUGACAACAUUAUCUAUCCGGGCGUCAACCUUAACCGUGCUCUUCAAGCUGUACUGCAAGUUGUUUUUCAGUAUGCUGGCAACAGACCACUCUUUUUCUCAACAUUCCAACCUGAUGCCGCACGGAUAACGCGUGAACUCCAAAGUGUAUACCCUGUACUGUUCUUAACAGAAGGGGGAACAGCCAAACACGAUGAUAGGAGAAGGAACUCACUCGACAAUGCUAUCCAAGUGUGCCAAGAGUAUGACUUGCAUGGGGUUGUGUCAGAAGUCAGAGGAGUUCUAAAAAAUCCCUCUGCGAUCCUAAAAGCACAAGAAUCCAACCUUGCUAUUCUCACCUAUGGGCAGCUCAAUAAUGUGCGGGAGGCUGUUUACAUCCAGUAUCUAAUGGGUGUGAAUGGUGUCAUUGUUGAUCUAGUGGAGGAGAUCUCCAAUGCUGUUGCAGAUUUAAGUAAACCAGACCUCGGCCAGAGCACAUUCAGUAACAGUGUUGACAUAUGCAGAAAACAUGAGUCGUUCUCACAGCAGCAGCUGGGGUUCCUGCUCCGGCUUAUACCUGAACUGAUUCAGCAACCACACUAAAGAUAGAUAGUAGCCAAGAUUGUCCCGGUUUUGAAGCAAGCUGAGGAUUUCAUGCUCUGUUGACAUUUCUGACAGUUGUAUUUAACACUAGUCUAGAAGGUACUCCCUCUGUAAAGAAAUAUAAGAUCGUUUAGAUCACUACUUGAGAUGUUUAAAACAUAGAUGAUCUAUACAAUAAAGAUAGUCAAAUCACCCGGCAAAUUAUUAUGUAUGAUUGACCAAUCCUGUUGCAACUAUGUGCAUAACAACUUUGUUAACGAUAAGAACAGCAAUCCAUGGCCAGAACGUUUUGAAAGCUUA